AUGUCAUUAUCUAGCCCGGUGCCAACUUACACUGCUGGCUCCGCAGCAUGGUGGAAAGAUGCCGGAGUACGAAAGUUGGUGUUGUGGCAAGUUUGCAUUCUUAUCUCGCAAAUGACCACGGGCUACGAUGAGGUCGUCGUCGGUAGCUUCCAGUCUAUGAAGCCGUGGGUAGCAGACAUGGGCCAUCCAAACUCUUCACGUCUUGGAUUGAUCACAGCCGUGGUCUUCAUUGGUGGAUUCGCGGGCGCCUUCAUCGCGUCACCAAUAAUCGAUCGCUUCGGCAGGCGUGCUGGCAUGCUGGUUGGGUCUACAACCACCUGUGUUGGAACUGUGCUUCAGGCCGCAGCCCAAGAGUCGGAUAUGUUCAUCGUGGGACGACUUCUGAUCGGGAUGGGGAUCAGCUUUACCUGCAUCGCCGGGCCGGCUUUACUCUUUGAGCUGGCGCAUCCGAGGAUGCGUGGUACGAUUACAUCUAGUUUCAAUGUUCUCUGGUACUUGGGGUCGAUCAUCGCCGCGUGGACUUGCUUCGGCACGGGACACAUGUUGACUUCCUGGUCAUGGAGAAUCCCGUCCAUCAUCCAAGGUCUACCAUCUUUAUUUGUGGCACUUUCCGUCGUUUUCGGCCUCCCCGAAUCACCGCGUUGGCUCUAUGCCAAAGGACGACCUGAGGAAGCGAGGAAAAUCUUAGGUCGUUAUCAUGCAAAUGGCGACGAAACUGCAUCGAUUGUCGAGUCCGAGCUCUCGGAGAUUGAUGCUUCCGUCGCAGCAGGAAGAAUUGCAAAAGCCCAAGGAUGGAGUAUACUCUGGCGCACCUCCGCAAACCGCAAACGCGUGGGCGUUGUCAUCGCAGUGGCACUACUGACUCUAUGGAAUGGUCAAGGUGUUAUUUCUUAUUAUUUCUCUCCCAUCCUGACCAGCAUUGGCAUCACGAGCACCACCUCUCAGACUGGAAUCAAUGGAGGUCUUCAAAUCUGGAACCUGAUAUGUGCCAUGUUUGGCGCACUCCUCGCCGAUAGGAUCGGUCGCCGCCCGCUCUGGCUUCUGUCUUUCAUCGGCAUGAUCUUGGCCAAUGUUCCACUGACGGUUGCGAGUGCCAUGUACGCCAAUCACGGAUCAAAGGCUGCAGCUUACACUGUUGUGGUCUUCCUGUUCCUAUACGACGCCGCUUUCAAUCUCGCCAAUAAUCCCUUGUUGUACGGCUACCCUCCGGAACUCCUCACCUACCCCAUGCGUGCAAAGGGCAUGGGUGUUCAAAUUGCCGUGUCUGAGGCUGCCUUGACCAUCAAUCAAUAUGUCAAUCCGAUUGCACUGGAUCACAUUGGAUACAACUAUUUCAUUUUCUAUCUUGGAAUGCUGAUCUUGGGGACUGCGAUCAUCUAUUUCACUUUUCCCGAAACCAAGGGAAAGACAGAAGAAGAACUCGCUACUUUAUUCGAAGAUUCGGUUACGCCGCAGCGCACAUUGGAGGGUACCGAGUCUGGGAAGGAACCUGCCGCCAUUGACGAGAAGAUGAUUGGUAACAUCACCUCCACGAAGUUGUGA